AGUUUUGGCAAUAUGUAUUAAAUCUGUAUCCUGCAUGAAAUUCGCAUGGACGUAUACAAAUCAAUACAUUAAAGGUAAUUCCGUAUGAAUGGCAACUCUGUUGAUAAAUGAAAAAAAUAAACACAGUCUAGAUGACAGAUAGGAUGUUUUUGAUAGGGUAACGUGGCGCCAUCAUGACACAUGUGAGUACUGUCCCAAAUAAAGGAAUAUUCGAAAUGACCGUUAAAAUGAUUGAAGAAUCUAAUUUGAGUGUCCUGUCUGUUAGUCUGUGGUAAAAGUUAAGAUACGAGAAGCCUUCUGCUUACUUAAAUGACCCUUGUCACGUCUCACUUUUUCGCACUUUAUCUUCACAUCCUUGCUCUUCCUUGAGUACUAUGGCUCUAUAAUUUCAUAUUCUUUCUCCUCUCAUAAUCUCUAGUUAAGUAUGAUACGAUAAAACCGAAAAAAGUAAAAAUUAUUUACUUAUGGCUGGGCGGGAUUAGGCGGGAUACAGCGUUAAACAUUGAUCGCAUUGAUGCACCCCUCAGUGUGUACGGUUGGGUUUUUUUUCUUGCCCGGUAAUUGACAGUUCGUAGUUUGUUUUGAUUUUGUAUUUCUAUUCAUUUUACAAUCGUUCAUUAGACAACGGAAUUUAUUCCGAAUCGGAACAUUCUUUCGAUCUUUCUGCAUAUCAGCGGAAGGACUGAAGACUAUAGUAUUUAAUUAUAGAAAUGCCGGGACCGGGCGAUAGCUGUAUAACCUGUUUUAAAAAAACAGAAUCCGUAUUUUUGGAGGUACACAGUGAGAAAAACAAAUUGAUUGCUGAGGUUCUGAGCAAACAUUUUUGGUUUACGGCAGCGGAACUUCAAGGGGCAAUGAUAUGCGGAUCCUGUUGGGAAGAAGUUGACAGCUUUAACCGUUUCUACACUUCUGUCGAAGAACUCUACGCGCACAUUGUGUUACCGAUUCCAGUUUCCGUUAAAAUAGAACCCGAAAUGGAAGUUGAAUACCUGAUUGAAGAUCUACAGCAGGAGGAUACUUUGCCACAAGAGGUCAUCGACGAGGCUGGUAUCAUGGAUGAAUCAGAUUGUGAUACCCAGGAAGUUAACGAAUGUGAAUCGGUUGAAUGGAACCAACCUUUCGGCACAGUAGAAAACACAAUCCCACCAAAAGAAGCACGUCAUCCAGCUAAACGUAAACUAACGAGCGAUACAGAGACGCCCGUGAAAACGAAAAAGAUUUAUGCCAAACAUAAAACUAAAACCGCCGAGGAUCGUAUCAGAGAGGAUGAAUUGAUCAGGCAACACGUUGCCUGUACCUGCGAUGAAUGCGGGCUCACAAGUGAAACGUUUACUGGUUUUCUGAAGCACUCACUUGACAUGCACGGCAAAAAAUCCGCAUUCGUGCUGUGCUGUGGUAGGAAAUAUUACAAGAAAAUUCUUCUCUUUCAGCACACUCAGUCCGUGUUCUUUCCGGAUACGUUCCGGUGUGAGAAAUGCCGAAAAAACUUUACCAACGAAGAAGGUAUCAAACGUCACAUGAAGGAGUUUCACGCAACCGAAGAAGAGCGCAAAUUUAAGUGUGAUCGGUGUCCGAAAAGUUUCGUUGUGGAACACAAAUACAACAAACAUAUGAACGAUCAUUACGAUUGGGAGAAUAAGAACUGCAAAUGCGAACACUGUGGCAAAUACUACAAAUCUCGUCAUAUAUUGACUAACCACAUCAAAUUGAAGCAUACCGAACCAACGGACUUCAUCUGUGAUAUUUGCGCCAAAGGAUUUCAUUUGAGGUCUCAAUUUUUGCUGCAUAAGAUAGAGCACCGAAACCCAACCGAGCUGAAAAUGCAGUGCGAAAUCUGUCAGCGAUGGCUCAAGAAUCGACCGAACUGGCGGCGGCACAUGCAACAACACGAGCAAACCGAAGUUACCUGUGAUAUUUGCGGUCACGUUUCACCCCACCAGAGAGCUCUGAUGGGUCACAAACGGCGCCAGCACCGGGAUCGGCAAUAUCCCUGUACGCUGUGUCCGAAAACAUUCCGAAAGCCAAUCACGCUACGGGAACACGUAGCAGCAGUACACACGGGAGACGUGCUGUACAGUUGUACCUUUUGCGAUAAGACGUUCAACUCCCAUGCCAACAUGCACUCACACAAAAAGAAAAUGCACCACGCCGAAUGGUGGCAGGAACGGAAUGAGAAAUACUUCACGAAAUAGCCAGAAGCUCAUCUGGAAGGAAGUGUUGAGUGUCAGUAGGAUCGUAGCACUAGUCAAGCAAUGGAUUUGUAUUCAAAGAAUCGAUUACGAAGUCGGUUGAAACCGAAUGGCCAAAUUACACGAAAGCCAUGGUUUUUACAUGAUCAUCGUACUGUGACAGUACGUGUAGUUGAAUGCUAAAUUAAUAGAUGAUCUUUAGUUCAUUGCGUCCUUCCAUUAAACGACAAUUAUCCGAAAAAUUUAGUUGGUCGGAGCCGAUUACACAAAAAUGCUACAAUA